AUGCAGGACCGGAGCCUUAAUGGAGGUGGCAAUUCUGGAUAUGAUACCGGAACUGUUGGUACCAGCGAUGAUGACCCUUCAGGUGGAGGAGGAGGUGCGACAGAUAUCAGAUUAAUUAGUGAUUCAACAAAUAAAUCUCUUUAUAGUAGAAUUAUUGUUGCUGCUGGCGGUUCUGGAUCAGCAUUAAAUUCAUUUGGAGCUCCAGGAGGCGAUUUAACAGGCUACAAAGUUCAAAGCUUAUAUAAAAAAGAUUUUGUCAAAAGUGACACCACUCAAACAUCAGGUUACAAACUUGGUCAAGGUCAAGAUGGUCAAAAUUAUAUUAAUGUUCCUCCUUCAGGUGCAGGAGGUGGUUAUUAUGGUGGUAAAGCUGGAGAAUUAGAGCCACUCAAUGCAAAAUUUUAUAGAGCGGUCUCAUCAAGCGGUUCUAGUUUCAUAAGUGGAUAUGAAGGAUGUAAUUCAGUUGAUGAAAAUGGAAUUCAUACAAAUCAAUCAAAACAUUAUUCAGGUAUUA